CGCGACCAUCCUCGACCCUCUCUCUCUCUCCUUCCUUCCUCACGACAACCUCAGUAUCCCUCCAAUCCCCUCCAAAUAACACACACACACCAUGUCUACCAAGAGGAAAGCGCUCUCCCUGGCCAAGCCGGUAGUCAAGCCCAGCGCCAAAGUCGCAACCAAGUCCAAGAUCGACGAGACAAGGACGGCCGUCUCGACCGGCCCAGCACCAAAGUCUGCCACCAAGGCCACCGCCCCAGAAACCAUUGAGAUUUCCAGCGACUCCUCCAGCCACUACAGCGGCUCGGACAAUGAAGAAGAUGUGAACAGCGACAAUGAGGAGGAGGCCGUCGACGCCGCUCCCGAGAAGAAGCAGACCACCACCACCACCGAGCCCACUGCCCAACAAGACCAAGAGAACAACGACAACGACGACGACGACGAUGCCUCCCCUACAUUCGGCGAUCUCGCCCGCGGCAACGCCACCAUCGACGUCGCCUCCGCUCUCGCCGCCCAACAAGAAGCUUCUUCUGCCGCCGCCGCUACCAAAAACAACACCAUCACGGUCCAGCGCCCCAACGGCACCGCUACCACCAUCUCCGCCACCUCCCUCGGCACCGUGCUCAACCAAGCCCUGCGCACCGACGACUCGGACCUGCUCGAAUCGUGCCUGCAGACGUCCGACCCCAAGAUCAUCACCAACACCAUCACGCGCAUGGACUCGGCCCUCGCAGGCGUCUUGCUCUCCAAGCUCGCGGCCCGCAUGCAUCGCCGCCCUGGUCGCGCUUUUGGCUUGAUGAAGUGGAUCCAGACCACCCUCGUCGCGCACGGCGGGAGCUUGGUUGCGCAGCCUGAGGUGGUGGCGCGGCUGGGCGAGCUGAACCGCGUGCUGGAGGAGCGGGCGAGGGGAUUGCCUGCGUUGUUGGCGCUCAAGGGAAAACUGGAUAUGCUGGAUCAGCAGAUGCGGUGGAGGAAGUUUGUGAAGCAGGGUGGUGCGGCGAAGGAGGAGCAGCAUCAAGAAAAUGAAGAAGAGGAGGAGGAGGAGGAUGUUGAUGAGCCGGGUGUGGUGUAUGUGGAGGGGGAUGAGGAGACUGGUACUGUCAAUGGUACGAUGGGCAACGAGGAAGACUUUGCGCUUAUAGAUGUUGGUGCGGAUGGCGAGUCGGAUGAGGAGGAGGGUGAUGAGGAUGAGGAGGAGGAUGAUGAGGAUGAUGAGGAGUUUGAUGAUGGGGAGAGCUUGGAUGAGGAUGAGGUUGAUCAUGAUGAUGUUGAGGAGAGCGGUGAUGAGGAUGAUGAGGAUGAGGAUGACGAGGAGGAGGAGGAGGAUGAUGCGCCACCAGCCAAGGUGCAGAAGACGUCAUCCAAAUUCGCAAAGAGAAAGUAAAGACGGGACGGUAUGAGGAUGAGGAUGUGGUGUAAAGAAGGGUGUAUUGCUGUCAAGUAAAGGUAAAAUGCUGGUGGGGCCAUGGCCGUUGUUUGUCAUAUACAUAUCCCGUCAGGUUUCGCAUCCUUUGGGGUUAAGGAGUUCAUAAUCAUGUUUUUUCUGGUUUCC